UCAUCCAUCGCCUUUCACACUUACCCAAUCAUCUGACAUCCCCAUGAGUGUCUCCAUGAGCUCUUGCCUUCUUGUUUCUCCUCCAGUCUUCCAUUCAGUUUCCUGAUCUGCUCCGCACGGCUCUUGUAAAUGUUCUCACCCUCUCCUGAUCCUUCCUAACUCACACUGCUUGUUACUCCUGCAUCAUGAGUCCUGGUCUUCAACGGUCAGACGAAAAGACAAACCGCUCUAUCGAUGGAAGCUCGGACCACAGUUUUGGAAGGUGUGCUGAGGCGCAGGGGGCACCACCACUGAAAAAUUACAUUUUUUUGACUAUUUUCACUUGCUUUUGUCCGGCAUGGCCUAUUAACAUUGUGGCGCUGGUUUUUUCUCUAAUGUCUCAAAGCAGUUAUGAUGCAGAAGACUAUGAAGGAGCUCAGCGGUUGGGGAGAAAGGCUCUUCACAUGGGAAUUGCUUCCUUAGUCAUUGGCCUUGUGAUCAUAAUGAUCUUCUCUGUUGUACACUUCACCACGAAUGCAAUCUGAUCAUGGAGAAACCAGUUCGACAGGAAGACUACACUGUAAAUUGGUGGCAAUCAGUUCCAGUUAAUGCAGGAGGACACUGUGCUACACUCAGAACGUGGUUUCACUGUGGUGGCACCAUGAGCUUCAACCAUCCCGGGUUUAUAAGUAAUCAAUAUUUUCAAAUGGAAUGUAUAAGUGGGUCUGAUUUGCUCAAAGCAUGGCCAAGAAUCCGAACUACAGGAAAUCUUACACUAAAAGUAAUUUAAUAUUCAUAGCAUCUCAGAAGGAUGUUGUUUAUUUCCGCAGGCAGUACAACUGCAUUUGUACGUCUGUAUUUGCUGAGUAUGAUGGCACAUCAAAUAUUGUAAAUGUGUAGUUUAGAGGUGUACAUUGUAUUUGUCCUGAAGCAUACUAAAAGGAUGCUUGAACCCAAAUAGCUGAUGCUUUUACAGAACACAAACCAGUGUAUGUUUUUGGAUGAAUGAAAAAUUACAAGAAGUAUGAUCAAUUUUUAUGAAUAUGAAUAAAUGUGCAAUGUAUGUAACGACUCAAUACACUAAAUGCACAAGUGUCUGUAACAGUUAUAUAAUGGAUUAUAGCGGCACUAGACACUCCAUCUCCAACUUUACACCCAAUGCAAUCUGCAGCGCUUGGAGUAUCCUGUAUUUUGAUAUGUAAUAUUAUAGCCAGCUAAGGUUAAAUAUAGCUAAAUCUGUCUCAAGUCUUGGCAAUCACAGCAAACAAGCUAAAUAUGCAAUGGUAGUAUUUACUUUAAGUGUUUCAUUGACAAGUUUUCAGUGUAC